UGCUCAAUGUCGAUGUUGCCUGGGAGGUGUUAUUCAGGGUGCUCACUUAAUGUUCCUGAGUAAAAUUAAAACUUCAUCUGAAUAAAUUACAGAAGCCCUUACAUUGAAAAACAAUGCAAGUGUUAAUCUUACAGUGUGUGUCUACAGACUGGUAACCUACAAUAUUUUCUUGGAUAAAUCAAAUUUGAACAAACUGAGGAAGUGGUGUGCUUUAUGGUGGUGGAAGAUGAAAAACGAAAAGCAGAGAGGAGACAGACCAUCAGAUCAUUGUUCACCGUGUCUCCCACCCGGCCUUCAUUUUCACAAUGGCUGCUCUCCGCUGAUUCAUCCAAAGCUGUAGAUCUGAUGAGUGUGGGCCAUUUCUGGGUCAGUGAACAGCAUGACAUGCUGCGGCACUGAAUAGGGAACAGAGAGGCGAGGCCAUAGCUUUCAGAACCUCAUCCAGUGACACGCUGAGACCAGCUACACACACUGUCGACCCCUCGCUCAUUCAAGCGCUGACACACACUGUACAUCCUCACACAGCCGCAGCAAUUUUCACAGGAUUUUGGAUAUUUGGACUGACUUUGAAAUAUUGACACAAGACUCACAGAGAGCAUGAGGACGCCCUAUUUUCCAGCAAGAUCGGUGCUUUUCCACAAGGAGCCCAAUGGAGUCACGUACAGAGUCCCAGCUCUGCUCUACCUGUCCCGCUCCAGAUCCUUCCUGGCCUUCUGCGAGGAGAGGCUGAGCCCCUCCGACUCUCAGGCUCACCUGCUGGUCAUGAGGAAAGGGGCUUUCUACAGGAACUACGUGGAGUGGGAGGACAUUUGUGUUCUGGGCACUGCUUUCCUGCCGGGCCACCGCUCCAUGAAUCCCUGUCCGGUGUACGACGAGUUCACGGGAACUCUCUUCCUGUUCUUCAUCGCCGUCCUGGGUCACACCUCCGAGGCCUACCAGCUGACGACGGGGAAGAACGUGACCCGUCUCUGUUUUGUCUCCAGCACUGACGACGGCAACACCUGGAGUCCUGUCACCGACCUCACCAAGAGGGUGAUAGGAGACACCAUCAAAGAAUGGGCCACGUUUGCUCUGGGCCCCGGCCACGGCAUCCAGCUGAAGUCAGGCCGCCUCCUCAUUCCUGCCUACGCUUACCACAUCGAGUGCAAAGAGUGCUUCGGACAUAUCUGCCAGUCCACCCCCCACUCCUUCUGCUUUCACAGUGACACCCACGGGAGAACCUGGCGUUUCGGGGAGGCGGUGCCGGGCCCGGAGAGCGUGGAGUGUCAGAUGGUGUCUGUGGACGAAGAGGACGGGACGAAUGUGUUGUACUGUAACGCCCGCAGCACUCUGGGAUACAGGGUGCAGGCCCUCAGUCUGGAUGACGGAGCCGUGUUUCAGGAGGGGCAGCUUGUUCAGCAGCUGCUGGAGCCUCGCAACGGUUGUCAUGGCAGUAUUGUUGGGUUUCCUGCGCCUUUAAAUUUAUGUGAAAGUCUUAACAAUCACUUGGAGAAACCCGUGCACCGCUCCAGGCACUGGACAUCCUGCAUGACCGUCUCCAAUCAGGCAAAGUUGACCAGCACCAGCUCCAAGGCAGCAUCUCCUUCUCCAGAUUUCCUCACCCCCACCUGGAUAGUCUACUCCCACCCAACAUGGUCCACCGCACGCAAGGAUCUGGGCAUCUUCCUCAGCCUAUUUCCCCGCGAUCCAGACAGCUGGCGCGGCCCCUGGGUGAUCUACGACGGUCCCAGCGCCUACUCCGACCUGGCCUACCUGGAGCUGUCACCCUCCCCCGGGGAGCCGCCGGCCGUGGCCUUCGCCUGCCUGUUCGAGUGUGGCACCAGAACGGCCUACGAUGAAAUCUGCUUCAGCAUCUUCACCCUCUACGAGCUCAUUGACAAUAUCCCCCGGGAUGUACGUCUGAGAAAUGACAACGACAGACAUGCAAGAGUGCAGAGUCCAGUCUCGGAGCCUGGUCGGAGACGUGAACCUCGAAGUGCAUCAGUUUUCCAACAUGAGCUGCAUGUGAAGAAGAGGAGAAAGAAGAGCAAGCUGGUGGAGAUGUGCUGUGUGUCCUAAAUGUCAGUUUAAUGUUAGUUACACCAGCACAGUCCAAUAUAACUAUCCUGCCACAAUGUUUAGUGGGGCAGAACUGUAUUAUAUACUGCUCUCGCAUGCUUGUAUGAAUAGGAAGGAGAAAAAGUUUAAAGACAGCUUUCAUCACAGUGGAGUACAGAACACCUUUAACUAUAACUUCAGUUUAACAAGGAGACAUCUAGUGUGAGUGGAGAAUGAGCAUUUGUUGUGGAAACAUGAGCAGGAAAAGUAUUUUUGCAAUUAAACUCCUAUUGUGCCAGAUGAUAAAGAAAGGUAAGGACAGGAUGCCCCCGGGAGUCUAGACGCUGCAGGUGAAAGGAAACUUCUGAUAAGACAACCAGGGACAGCUGGAGAUGGUUAAGAGGAAUGUUGCCAGAUAAAUGGCCUGAAAGCAGUGACGCAUUUAAAAUUAAUUUAAAGCACUGGUGACGAGGAAUUGAGUGGUUUAGAUAAAGGAAGAAAAUUGGAUUAUUAAACAAGAGUGGUGACAAACAAAUGGGGAAUUAAGUUUUGGAAGUGUGGGAACGCUAGAGAGUUGGGAUCAGGAUGUUUGGGUCCUAUGGGUUGGUGGGGGGAGCCUAAUUAGAUGAGGCUUGUUCCAGUGUGUCCCAAAGGUACUUAAUCAGUUUGGAAUCUAGUGAAUUUGGAGGUCGGAUCAACACCUUGUGCUGUUACCAUGUUGUUUUUGUGUCUGUGUCAGGCAGCAUCCUGCUGGGGGUGGCU